AUAAAUUUAGUUAGAAUGGUCUGACACAAAGAAACAAUUAUAUCUCUCAUCUUGCAGAAACACUCUCACUCUCUCAUUCACUGAGUUCUCAAAAAAUUAAUUGAGAUGGCAAGAACACCUUCUUGUGACAAAAGUGGAAUGAGGAAAGGGACUUGGACUGCUGAGGAAGAUAGGAAAUUAAUUGCUUAUGUAACAAGAUAUGGUUGCUGGAAUUGGCGCCAACUUCCUAAGUUUGCAGGUCUUUCGAGGUGUGGAAAGAGUUGUAGAUUGAGGUGGUUGAAUUAUCUAAGGCCUAAUAUCAAAAGAGGUAACUUCACUCAACAAGAAGAAGAAUUGAUUAUCCGAAUGCAUAACCAGCUGGGGAAUAGAUGGUCAGUCAUUGCAGCUGAGUUACCUGGAAGAACUGAUAACGAAGUCAAGAACCAUUGGCAUACUUCUCUCAAGAAGAGAGUUCAUCAGAAGAACACUGUUUCAAGUGAAGAAACCAUAGCCACCAAAUCCCCAGCUAGUUCCCAAAUCUCAGACAUCACUGGUCCACUAUCUCCACCUUCUUCAUCAAGUGAAUUCUCUUCCACAGCUGAAGAUGAUUUUGGUUUUCUAGAUUCAUUUAUAGAAUCUAUGGAUGAAAGUUUUUGGCUGGAUGAUCUUUCAAAAACACCAAGUGGAAUAGUAGAAAACAAUAUUUAUGAUACAACCACUAAUGAUGGUGCUUUAGUGUCUCACAAUCAUUCGUGCACUCAAAGUUAUGUUCUUGAUAAGGACUUUACAAGCUUUCUAGAUGCGUAUACAGAGUCUACAGUAGAUAGUUUUUGGACGCAUCCAUAUGAAGGUGACAUGUCCCAUGUUCCAGCGCAACUUCUGACACCUUUGCCAACGGAAUCUGAAUAUUUUUCAAUAGUUUAUGAUGAAGAUAUAUGGAGUUGAAGUAAUUUUUAAGAUAAAUUAGGCUAUUUUAAUCAAUAAAACUAUCAAUUCUCCGUGUGCUUACCGUGAUUUUUGCAAAUCAUGUUUGAUAAAUGUCACAUUUUACAUUAGAUUUUUAUAAUGAGUAUUAGAUUUUUAUAAUGAGUCUAAGGGCCUUCAGCUAGUUUUAAAAGAUGAAAUAUCUAAAAUAUAAUAUAAUUUUAGGAAUAAUUAUUCAAAUUAAAUUUUCAUUUAAAACUAUUAUGAAAAAGAAAUUUAUAAAUUUUUUUACAUAAAAUUAUGUAACACUAUAAUAAUCAUUUUUAAAAAAAGCAAAACAAACGAACCAUAAAUCAUAGUCACAAAAUAUAUUUGAAUAGUGUUUCUUUUAAUCAAGGAGAACUU